AUUCAACCCAUGGUGAAGAAGUAUAUUCAGUGAUUAAUAUGUAAACUGAAGUAGUUUAUGGUACCACUAGGAUUACGUCGGAAGCAUAAACGGGAGCUUGAGAAACUGACACUUACAUUACAACCUUUCAAAACACUAAAGUUUUUCACUUUAGCUAUUCUUCAACAUGUAAAUAGAUCGGUGGUAUUCAUUUUCACACAUGGUUUCUUGCUUAUGCUUUUGACAACAGCCAUAAUGGCGGUUGGAGUCUUGCUCGUGACUGAUGAUGGUCCUCAUAGAAAGCAUGUUGAAGUGGUUCUUGAAUAUCUACGAUUUGGAUUGUGGUGGGUGGCUCUUGGCGUUGCAUCUUCUAUUGGUCUUGGAUCUGGUUUGCACACUUUUGUCAUGUAUCUGGGUCCCCACAUUGCUUUCUUCACAAUGAAAGCAAUGCAGUGUGGUCGAGUGGAUAUCAAAAGUGCUCCAUAUGAUACAAUACAACUAAACAGAAGUCCUACAUGGCUUCAGAAGGAUUGUUCAGAGUUUGGUCCCCCGAUGUUUUCAUCUCCAGAUGGCCAUGAGGUUCCGGUUAGUAGCAUUUUAGGACAACUUCAGUUAGAAGCUAUUCUAUGGGGUUUUGGAACUGCAAUCGGCGAGCUCCCUCCAUAUUUUAUUUCAAGGGCAGCAAGUAUCUCCGGUAGUGAAGGAGAUGAAAUAGAAGAACUUGAUGGAGCUCCUUCAAACACAAAUCAAUUAAAGCGCUGGUUCCUGUCACAUGCACAAUAUUUGAACUUCUUCACAAUUCUACUGCUUGCUUCGGUACCAAAUCCUCUCUUUGACCUUGCUGGCAUAAUGUGUGGGCAAUUUGGGAUUCCAUUUUGGAAGUUUUUUCUGGCAACAGUUAUUGGGAAGGCAUUCAUGAAAGCUAACAUACAGACUAUAUUCAUCAUCUUAGUCUGCAACAAUCAACUUCUAGACUGGAUAGAAACUGAGUUGAUAUGGACACUUAGCUUCAUCCCUGGUGUUGCUUCUGUCCUGCCGGGAGUCGUAGCAAAAUUGCAUGCGGUAAAGGAUAAAUAUAUGGCAGCCCCUCCUACAGAAUCGUCAAACUUCAAGGUGGAAUCAUGGGAUCUUUCCUUUGCUACACUUUGGAACACCAUCAUAUGGCUGAUGCUAUUGAACUUCUUUUCCACCAUUGUUAGUUCAACUGCACAAAGUUACCUGAAGAAAGAACACGAAAAAGAAAUGGCCGCUUUGAAAAAGAAACUAGUUAAACCAAAUGAAACCGUCGAUUAA